AUGCUUUCCUACCUCCUUUCGUGGAUGACUGUGGAAAAUCGCUUCACCAGCACCUCGAUCCUUCCUCCGUCUAUCACAUCCGAAAGAGUUAUGGAGGUGCUCCACAACCAUGUGACGAUGGUCAAAUUGAAUCCCUUGGUCAUUGAUCUCCAAAGAUGCGAGCCUCACGAGGACGCCCCAGAGACCGACCGUGAUCUUGUCUGGUAUGAGAUUACCGAUAAGGUAUCCUAUUUACCCUUUGGGCUUCUUUCAGGGCAGGUCAAGUAUAAGGCUUGCUUUGAGGACCUUCCGAUGGGCCUACAGACCCAUAUUUACGCUCCCUUGGGGCUAUGUACCAAGAAUACGUGGACCGUUGAGGGCCAGAUGGACGAACUUCAAUUGAAAGAAGAUGUCUUGAUGAAGUGUAACAUCCUGGUGGCACCGUUCGUAAAGGCAACGAUCAAGGCUUCCCACGGUCCUCUGGUAGAGCGGCUGAUCAUGGAAGCUAAGUUGCCAGAUGGAGAUCUGAAGUCGUCUGUAGGGGGAUAUGUGGAACGACAGUCAGAUCGGUCGGCUCUCCACAAAAGAAAGUAG